GUCCAAUUCAAUGUUUGUAGAAGCCAUUAACAUGAUUAGUAACAUGAUCAAAACUGGAUGCAAGCCAAGCUAGAGUACAGACAAAUGCAAUUGUUGAUGGGUAUUGUAAGCAGGGAAGAAAAGAUGAGGCCAGUGCUUUCAUCCAGGAUCUUCAACAAUUCAGUCCUGGCAUUUAGAAGGAAGAACAGUACAGAUUAUUCGAACGGGAGCUCGGUAGAAUGUCUUCUCUCGCUGAGGACAUCUAUGAUGGAGUUAUUGAACCACACAAUAUCCUUUUGAAGACGCUCGUGUUAGUAAACAGCAAGAGUAAUCUUUUAAAUGAAACAGAGAAAGCUUUCUUUGAAUUGAGGAAGAGAGGGUGCUCCCUUGAUAUAACUACUCUGAAUGCCACGGUUUCAAUCUAUGGGAGGAGGCAGAUGAUUGAGAAAGUAAAUGCCAUCCUCAAGUUUAUGAGGGAAACUGACUUCACUCCGAGCUUAACUACAUACAACGCUUUGAUUGAUAUGCACGGUCGUUUAGGAGAUUUCAAAAGAUCAGAGGAGAUACUAAGAGAAAUAAAGGAAAGGGGCAUAAAACCUGAUCUUUAUUCUUAUAAUUCUGUUAUUAAUGCUUACGGGAGGCAGGGAAGGAUGUUGGAUGCCUCGAGGAUUUUCACAGAGCUUCACAAUUCAGGGCUCAGGCCGGAUAUUGUGACAUAUAAUACCAUUGUUUCAAGUUAUGUGACAAAUUCAAUGUUUGUGGAAGCCAUUGACAUGAUCAGUAACAUGACUAAAAAUGGUUGCAAGCCAAAUGAGAGUACGUACAAUGCCAUAGUUGAUGGGUAUUGUAAGCAGGGGAGGAAAGAUGAGGCCAGUGUCUUCAUCCAGAACCUUCAACAACUCAGUCCUGGCAUUUCAAAUGAAGAAGUAUGCAGGUUAUCGGAACGGUUAGCAAAAUCUACAUUUGGUCACUGCUAAGGUUAGUCAGAAACGCAAUCAUUCUUUGCCUUAACAUAGCUUGGUCCUGUAUUUCACAACAAAGAUACAGGUUAUGCAAUCAUGCUUGGUUUUGCAAUUACUCAUUGCUAAGGAUGUCGGACACCUCGAGGGUUUUCACAGAGCUUCACACAAUUCAGGACUUAGGUCAGAUGUUGUGACGUAUAAUACCAUUGUUUCAAGCUAUGUGUCCAAUUCAAUGUUUGUAGAAGCCAUUAACAUGAUUAGUAACAUGAUCAAA